GGAGGUGGGGUGAGUAGCUCUAGCAGGUGUCCACUUCCGCAAAAUCAUGGAAAUGGGACUCUACCAGGGACAGUCACUUCUUUUAGAUAAGAGCGCAUUUCUUCUCCCUAGAUUGUGUUUAUUUAACCCAUAUAACAGAAGAAAUUCCUACAGUAGCAUCAACUCGAUUUGAUAAAAGGGAAUAAGCGAUUAAAAAAAUCAAAACAAAAAGCCCAGCAAACAUCACCUUCUCCAAGAUUUUGAAGCUGUGAGCGAACGCACGGUGGCGCUGUUGACUAAGAAGGAGAAUUAAACCUCAGGCACUGUGUAUACUCUGUAACACACCGAUUCAGUGCCGUAAACUAGGGGUUGGGAGCCGGGGCAGAUUUUUAAGCAAGCAAAUCUGAGACUCUGGUAAGGAUUAUUCGCUAGGUUUUCUUCAAAGGUUAGGAGGCAAAAGACUGUGUUCCCCAGUGCUGUUGGAGGCUAGCUUGACAAUAUUUCUCGGAAGAACAUGGCAGAAAAUGCAAUGGAGGCCGGAGGAGAGCGCUUUCUUAGACAAAGGCAAGUCCUGUUUCUCUUUGUUUUUCUGGGUGGGUCUCUGGCUGUGUCCCAGUCGAGACGCUACUCUGUGGCUGAGGAAAAAGAGAGGGGGUUUUUCAUCUCCAAUCUAGCAAAGGAUCUGGGGCUGAGUGUAGGGAAACUGGCCGCGAGGGGGGCCCAAGUUGUGUCUAAAGGGAACAGACAGUAUUUUCAGCUCAACCAUCAGACCGGUGAUUUGCUCCUGCAAGAGAAACUGGACCGGGAGGAGCUAUGCGGCUCCGCAGAGCCAUGCAUACUGCAUUUUCAGAUAUUACUGCAAAACCCCUUACAGUUUAUUACAAAUGAGCUCCAGGUCAUAGACGUAAAUGACCAUUCUCCGGCAUUCUCUGAAAAUGAAAUGCAGCUGAAAAUCCUAGAAAACACUCCACCAGGAACAAUCAUUCCUUUGGGAAAUGCUGAAGACUUGGAUGUGGGAAGAAACAGUCUCCAAAACUACACGAUCACUCCUAAUUCCCAUUUCCACGUUCUCACACGCAGUCGUAGGGAUGGAAGGAAGUUCGCAGAACUAGUACUAGACAAAGCACUGGAUCGUGAGGAGCAGCCAGAGCUUAGGUUAAUGCUCACUGCGCUGGAUGGCGGGACUCCACGGAGGUCUGGGACCGUCCAGGUUCACAUCCUGGUCUUAGACAUAAACGACAACACCCCAGAAUUUACACAGUCCCUCUAUGAGGUUCAAGUUCUAGAGAACAGCCCCGUUAACUCUCUUAUUGUCACUGUUUCAGCUUCUGACUUAGAUACAGGAAAUUUGGGUACAAUAUCAUAUGCAUUUUUUCAUGUUUCUGAAGAAAUUAGAAAAACUUUUCAACUAAAUCCAGUUACUGGUGAUAUCCGACUAAUCAAAUAUUUGAAUUUUGAGGCGAUCCAUACUUACGAAGUGGACAUAGAAGCCAAGGAUGGUGGAGGCCUUUCAGGAAAAUCAACAGUGAUAGUUCAGGUGGUUGAUGUGAACGACAACCCACCAGAACUGACCUUGUCCUCAAUUACCAGCCCUAUCCCAGAGAACUCGCCAGAGACUGUGGUGGCUGUUUUCAGUGUUUCUGACCUAGACUCUGGAGACAAUGGGAAAAUGGUGUGUUCCAUCGAGAAUGAUCUCCCCUUCAUCCUGAAACCAUCUGUAGAGAAUUUUUAUACCUUAGUGUCAGAAGGAGAGCUGGACAGAGAGAUCAGAGCCGAGUACAACAUCACCAUCACCGUCACAGAUAUGGGAACCCCCAGGCUGAAAACCGAGCACAACAUAACCGUGCUGGUGGCCGACGUCAACGACAACGCCCCCGCCUUCACCCAGACCUCCUACACCCUGACCGUCCGCGAGAACAACAGCCCCGCCCUGCACAUCGGCACUGUCCGCGCCACAGACAGAGACGCGGGCGCCAACGCCCAGGUCACCUACUCGCUGCUGCCGCCCCUCGACCCGCACGUGCCCCUGGCCUCCUUGGUGUCCAUCAACCCGGACAACGGCCACCUGUUCGCCCUGAGGUCCCUGGAUUACGAGGCCCUGCGGGCGUUCGAGUUCCGCGUGGGCGCCGCCGACCGCGGCUCGCCCGCGCUCAGCAGCCAGGCGCUGGUGCGCGUGCUCGUGGCGGACGACAACGACAACGCGCCCUUCGUGCUGUACCCGCUGCAGAACGCCUCGGCGCCCUGCACCGAGCUGGUGCCCAGGGCGGCCGAGGCGGGCUACCUGGUGACCAAGGUGGUGGCGGUGGACGGCGACUCGGGCCAGAACGCCUGGCUGUCGUACCAGCUGCUCAAGGCCACGGAGCCCGGGCUCUUCGGCGUGUGGGCGCACAACGGCGAGGUGCGCACGGCCCGGCUGCUGAGCGAGCGCGACGCGGCCAAGCACAGGCUGGUGGUGCUGGUCAAGGACAACGGCGAGCCGCCGCUCUCGGCCAGCGUCACGCUGCACGUGCUGCUGGUGGGCGGCUUCUCGCAGCCCUACCUGCCGGCCCCGGAAGCGGCGGACGCGGCCCCGGCCGCCCCGCUCACCGUCUACCUGGUGGUCGCCUUGGCGUCGGUGUCGUCGCUCUUCCUCUUCUCGGUGCUGGUGUUCGUCACAGUGCGGCUGUGCAGGAGGGGCGGGGCGGCCUCGGUGGGCCGCUGCUCCGUGCCCGAGGGCCCCUUUCCGGGCCAUCUGGUGGACGUCAGCGGCACGGGGACCCUGUCCCAGAGCUACCAGUAUGAGGUGUGUCUGACGGGAGGCUCCGGGUUAAAUGAGUUUAAAUUCUUGAAGCCAAUUCUCCCUAGUGGUCUGGUUCAAGACACUGGGCAGGACUAGCGCAAAAAGGCAAUUGCAAGAAUAGCGUAGGUUUCAUUAACAGAAGAAUCAAAAAGUUGUCUGGCUAUGAAUGCUUUCUUUUAA